ACUUCGCUACGAGUGGUAACACGGACAAAUUCAGUCCCCGAUUGGCGAUUCGAGCUUGACAGUCUAUUAAACUGACACGGCAUAUGCGUUGACAAACGCCUAGGAUCGGUUUUUUCUUAGCUGUUUCAGUGGCUUAAAUUCGUGGCUAUUGGUGAUGUCCGGGUUUUAACUAGUUUAAUUUUUUUCUAUGGCACAUUUAGUGGAUAAUUCAAAAGAAACGGAUAACUAAACCUGCGGUUAGUGAUAAAAUCAAGCGUUGCUUUACAAGUAGUGAAUUUGUGAAUGGUAAAAACCCUUCCGAGGGGGUUAAUUUCUAAGUGCAGUUUUAAAGGCAAAGAAAAACGUCCAAGUGAAACCAGUGGUUGCUCCAUCCUUCGGGAUAGUUACACUAAUUGUUAUUCCUGUGAAUAGUGCUUCCCAGUGCCAACCAUCAUGAGACGUUUGAUCCUGUUCAUGGGCUUCCUGAUAACAGGUGUGCUGUCGCAAGGAUUCCUGCAGCCGCCACCUUUCAGACCGGUACCGUCCAAACUGCAAAGGCGGCAAUUGACGCAACACCACCAGGCACACAUCCUAAGCGACAUUCAACAGCACCAGCAUCGGUUUAACCUGCAUCAGCAUCCGAGGUCCCAGAACGUCGUCAUACAACCAUCCAUCCAACUGCCACUACCACAACAGCAGCAGCUGAAUCAGCGGCCAUUGGCCAGCAGCAACAACGUUCCCUUCCAGGCAAAUCCACCCCCGUUCAACGGCAAACAGUUGCCCUUGCCGCUGUCACCCAACAAUUUCAGACCAUCACAAUCAGGCAGACAACAACACAACGGCUUCGGAGCACAACAAGAAACACGUCACCCGCCACUCCCAUCACCACAACAGCUACGAUCCGCUCCGAACACGCUACAACCACCUCAACAGCAAUUCUUCAACAACGGACCCCCACUCAGUAAUCAACCCUUCGGCAACAAUGUUUUCCCAGCAGAUGGUCAAUUCAAUGCACCACGGCUACCCGAAACACGACCCCUAAACCCUACCGGGCAAAAUCCUUUCCUACAGCCACCAGUUUUCCCUGGUCCACAACAACAACAACAACAGUCACAGCAACCUGUCGCUCAAAUACGCUUUCCUUCGAAUGUACAACCACCCCAAACCCAAUCACUCUUCCAAAACACUCCACAACAAUUCCCACCGAUCCAAGGAACAUCUCCCUUCAGCCAGAACAUCCAACAACAGCCGUUCGAUAGCAAUCACCUACGCUCCGAAGUCGUUCCAUUAGCUCAACAGCCACUACAGACUUCCAACUUCAAUCCAUUCGGAAACCAGCAGCAGCAACAGUUCAACAACUUCCCUCCGGUUCAUCACGUGCCAGUCUUCACGUCACCUCAAGCACUGAACUCACAACCCGGAGUAUUCCCUCAAAUCCCACAAGCAGCAGCUCAGCUAAAACAGCAACCGCAAACUUUCCCAGUGCAGAACCCACAACAGCAGCAACUAUCAUUCCAACAACAACAGGAAUUAGAGAAGCGUCUUCAGGAAGAAAGCGACCGAAUUCGUGAGCUGCAAGAAAGGCAGAAAGUUAUCCAAAAACACGAACAAUUCCUCCAGAAGCAGUACCAAAAACAGCAAGCGAAGGUUCAACAGCUUCACCAAGACUUCCUCAAGAAACAGCAAAAAAUCGUCCAACAGCAGCAAGACUACGAAACCAUCCGUAAAACUCCGGUCGCCGGCAGUCAGUUACACGAGGUUCCUGCCUCCGUUUUCGAAAAAGUAAUGAAAGCUAGCCAGAAUGUCAGUCCUACCACAGCCAGCUCGAUUCUGUCACCAACCACAACGGAACGAAGCCUGUCGGUAAUUCCCCUGAAAACGAACAGCAAGAAAGACUACAGCACGAUUUCCAAAACCGACCUCGAUGCCCUGCUGCAAUCGAACCGACAGAACCUGUUCCAAAGCUUGAAAGUGGAACCAGCGAAACCCACCAAACCGAAACCAACGAAAGGUAAGUCCACUAAGGCUCUCGGUCGCGACGAGCUUCUCAAGCAACUAAAGGCAGCUCUUGCCGAGCAAGGCCAUGAGGAUCUUGGUGGCAAGAACUUCACCACUACCGAUAUCGUAUUACCGAACGGCGAAAAGGUUCAAGUUAUUCGUACCUCCGAUCCGGACAUCAUCAAGCGUGCCAACGUCAACUCGGAGGCCGUUCUGACGCAACAAGCUGAUUCGCCCACAACCGCCAAGUCCUUGUCUUUCGAUGACAUAGCAAAGAGCGGAAUUCUUCCACCAGGUGCCAACUUCGAGCUGAUUAAACAAAACGAUGACGGUCGCAUCGAAGAGGCGGCCAAAAUUCCUCCACAAAAGAAAGUGACUUUCGUCUACCUAGAGGAACAAGACGACGGUUCGUACAAGGUGCAAGGUGUCAAGGGUAGCAGUGAUAAGGAAACCAAAACUUCUGGAGCCGACGUGGACAGUAUUUUAAAGCGUAUUAAAAGUGGUGAAAUUCAGCUGCCACCGCCAUCGAAUAAGGCCCUUAAGGUUCCAAUCAUCGUCGAAGGACCGGGAGCAACCACUACGCCACGAAUAGUCCCCGUCCAGAAGGCUAACUCCGUGACGAUAAUUCCACGCAGUACACCUUUGGAAAAUCAUCAAUCCACCAACUUCGUCGCAGAUCACACCAUUCCACGUACAGCAUCAUCUCCUGCCUCGGUAAGCUACGUUUCAACGGCGGCUCCAGCUAGUCCCAGUUCUGUGACCGCUUAUUCGCCAAGCACCUACUCCGGCAGUACAGUUCACCAGUCCGCGCCUACACUUUCCACUCAAUCGACGAUCCCGAACUACUACCAGAAUGACAACGCCAUUGUCCACAACGGUGCAAGCGCAACGUAUGCUACCAGCACUUCGGUGUCCUCUACCGUAGCUCCCCUUUCCGUCGCCACAACCCCGCAGUACGGUUCCACUCGAUCCGAAAACUACAUUUCAGCAUCAACAUCAGCGCAGCAAACGGCCAGUUCUAACGUGUACCAGCAACAAUCAACCGGUAAGUUUGAUGUGGUGAACCCGACCGCUUAUACCGCGGAAUCAACCGUGACCACGCAGAAUGUCUACCAGCAACAACAACAACAACAACAGCAGCAGCAACCGCAACAACAACAACAAAUAGUACAAUCACUGCCGCUGAUUCAACAACCACCGCAACAACAGCAGCAGCAGUCGCAACCACCAUCACCAACCCAAGCGAGCGCCUCUUCAACGAACGAACUGCCAGUGAUUCUUAGGAAAAACGGACUAUUUGCGAUGGCCAAAUAUCUCCGACAGUCUGGCUUGGAUACGAUACUUAACGAAACCGGCCCGUACACGAUCUUCGUGCCAACGGACAAAGCUUUCCGCAGUCUCCUAGUGCAGCUGGGAGGACCGGAGAAAGCCGAAGAGAAGUUCAAGAACAAUCCGCGACUGCUCAGUGGGCUUCUGCUACAUCAUGUUAUACCCGGAUCAUUUGAUAUCGGAUCACUACAGGACGAAAUGACCGGUGUUUCGCUGGCUGGAACACAACUGCGAGUUAAUCAGUACAACAUGCACGAUUCGGAGUGGAAUGAUGUCAAGGUAACAACGAUCAACGGUGCCAUGGUCGUUCCGGAUAAGCAAGACAUCACGAUCCCUCAAGGUAUUGCCCAUGCCGUAGAUCGAGUAAUGUUCCCCCUACCAGUCGGAGAUAUCCUCCAGACCUUGCAGUCCGACCGGGAGCGACGGUUUACCCAUUUCUUGCGGGCAUUGUAUGCAUCGGGUAUGUCCGAUACUCUACAGAACAAAGGUAUCAAAACAUACACAGUAUUCGCCCCAACCGAUGCAGCUUUUGCCAACUACUCGACGGAUGAACUGAACAAACUAGUCACGGACAAGGAAAUGGCGGAUGAGCUGGUCAAGAAGCACGUCAUACCGGGUACAUUAUUCACCGCUGGAAUGCGAUUCUACCAGGUUAAGGAUGCAAUGGCCGAAGGCAAAACGGUCACACUACAGAAAAGUGCGGGUAAAAUAAAAAUCAACGACGGUUACCUGCAGACGUCCAACAUUCCCACGACGAAUGGUGUGAUACAUGCCGUGGAUUCUCUGCUGUAGAGUUAAGCCCAGCCCAGCCGUUGCCAGCAGCACUGUUAUUCAAACCCCCCUCUUUUGCAAUUAGCCACCUCUUCGAACUACCAUCGGGGCAGCUGCUGCCAUACAGCGACAAGGACGAAAGAGGUGGCCCUCGAAAAAAAAAAACAAAAACCUUCCAAGCCACCUAAUUUUCCGACUUCUUGCGCGAAAAUUAUCAGUGAACAAACACACGACGAAAAGCCCCGCACGGCUCUCUCCGUUUGGUUGUUUCUUCUUCUGUUUUCUGUUUCGAGUAGAACCAUUUCCAAGCUAACGAAUCAAACUCGGAUCGGUUAGGAAUUUUUGCUACCAGCAGGAUCUGGCUGAAAGUUGCGAAUUGUGUCUCCGAUUUUCGGCCAGGUACCUCCGUACGGAUGAUAACUAAGUGUAAGUUUUAGGUCGAAGAGAAAACAGCAACAAAAACAUUACACUUGUUGAAUAAUGCUAGAGAUCAUUGAAAACCAUAUGAUGUUAAUUGUAGAAAUGUUAAUUUAUUAUUAAGUGUAGUUAUUAGCCAGUAAGCGACUGUUGGGUGCUCCUCAGAUGAGUGAACGUGGGCGAUUAGCUUUUUCUGCGAUUUUUUCUGGUUCUGAAGCAGGUUGUCACCUUAUCAAUAACCCAUAUCAAAAACUUUUACCAGUAAGCUUCUAGGACUUUUUAAACAUAGAAUGUGUAAGAACCGAAGUUUGUGCCCUUAUAUGUGGAGCAUCCACAAAUCAACUCCUUGUACAUACUGUUUUCUAAAAACCUAGUUGUAACAAAAAUAAAAUACAAACGAUAAACCUAAA